AUGGCUCAGCAGGGAGUUCUGCUGGACCAGGACCAGUUCUGUUGUUCUGUUUGUCUGGAUCUACUGAAGGAGCCGGCUAUUCCUUGUGGACACAGUUACUGUAGAAGCUUUAUUGAGGGCUACUGGGAUCAGGAUUAUCAGGGCAUCUACAGCUGUCCUCAGUGCAAGCAGACCUUCACUCCAAGGCCUACUCUGAGGAAAAAUAACAUGUUGGCUGAGGUGGUGGAGAAACUGAAGAAGACAGGACUCCAGGCUGCUCCCCCUGCUCUGUGCUAUGCUGGACCUGGAGAUGUGGUGUGUGAUUUCUGCACUGGGACCAGAAAGCAGAAAGCCCACAUGUCCUGUCUGGUGUGUCUGGUGUCUUACUGUGAGACUCACCUCCAACCUCACUAUGAAUCUCCUGGUUUCAAGAAGCACAAGCUGGUCAAAGCCACCACACAACUACAGGAGAAGAUCUGUUCUCAUCAUGACAAACUGCUGGAGGUUUACUGUCGUACCGAUCAACAGUGUAUCUGUUUUCAGUGUGUGAUGGAUGAACAUAAAGGCCAUGAUACAGUGUCAGCUGCAGCAGAGAGGACUGAGAAACAGAGUCAGCUGGGGAUGAGUCAGCAGAAGGUCCAGCAGAGAGUCCAGGAGAGAGAGAAGGUGCUGAAGGAGCUCCAACAGGCUGUGGAGUCUCUCAAGGUGAGUAUUAUUAUUGAUCAGAGGAGAUGCACCAUUUCACUUCCCUCCUCCAGCCAGCGAAUAUACAAGGUCUGA